AUGCGUCUGUCUACCGUCCUCCUCGUCGUCCUUUCAGCUUUUGCGGCGGCUCAGAGCAGCGAAAGCACCAGCCUGGCCACCGUCGCCAGCGCGUCAACGACCACCAUCACGAUACACCCCACCAAGACGAUCUUCCUCUCGCGCGUGCAUACGACCGAUUCGACUUUUGACAGCAUCAGCGUCGUCCAAUCCACCGACGGCACCAUUCUUCCGACCACCACCGAGUCAUCUACCCCGACUACAAUGCCUUCUCCGACCAAAGGUUUCGCCGACUACAAUGCUCUCGACGCUGGCAAGGUCGUCCUUGCCGGAGUUGUUGGCAUUGUCGUCGCUGUCGGAGUUGCUGGCAUGGUCUUUGCCGGCUUCUGGUGA